AAUAAUAUCUAGGAAAGUCCCUUCCUUAAUCACUCUCGUCUUCAUCUACAUUCAAAAUCCAUUCGAAUUCUCUCAAACUCGCUUUAAACCCUAACCUUAAUCCAAUCUCAGAGCUUUUUCGCUUUCUCCAUUCAUGGCGGAAUACUACAAUUGCUUACCGAUGAAGAUGAAGAAGAGGAAAGAUAUCGACAGAGUUAACAACGAUUUCUCCGAUUUCUCACUCUCUUCUCCCGCCAAUAAGAUUCGCCGUUUGGAUUUGGAUUUGCCACCGAUCAUGGAGGAAGAUGAAAUCAAAUCUGUUUCUUCGGUUAAUGAAGAGAGAGCUAUUGUUCUGUAUAAGCCUCUUCGAUAUCAUCAUCAACGUUGUAGUGGAGACUUUUUUGUUGAUUCAGACUUUGUUUCUGGGCUUAAGCAUAGAAUUUUGCAUGAUGUAGUGGUAGCUGAUGAUCUAUGUGAUGAUGAUGACGACGAAAAAAGCAAGCAGAAGGCGGUUGUUCGGUGGGACUCAUCCUCCAAGUUCCAGUCCUUUGAGGAACCGCCUGCGCCAGAGAUUACUGAGUUGGAUGGUGAAGAUGAGAUGAUGGAAGAAUCAGCCAUGGAUGUGGAAGAAGCAUCGCUGUCACAGCAGCAGCUGCAGCUUGCAGGAGGGUUGCAUCAGUGGCAGCAGCAACAACUACAUUGUAUGGUACCACAACUUCCCCAAACCAAGUCUACUCCUAUCUCUUGGUACCGAUGACUUAUAUAGUAAAUGUAGAAGAACUAGUCUUUGUUAUUGGUAGUUCGUUCACUGUAUAUCUUACUCUGUUUCUAGGCCAUGAAUGUCAUUUAUAUUUUAGAAUGUAAGAGCACAAAGUGAUGUGUUUGGUACAAGAUUUUCCUUAACAAAGAACCUUUUUGUUCAUUGUUUCCGAUUUAAAAAUAAAAUAUGAAGCUAGGAUUUGAUUGC